UGGUGAGGCUUAAACCAGCAACGUUCAGCCAGGUCUGUAUCAGGAAAUCAACAUUAAAAUUAGCUUGAACUCGAGCAGGACUUUUCUGGCAGGACUUUGUUUUAGUAGUGUGUGAAAGUUGUCUUGCACUGGCGUGUCUGUAUAUGCUGAUGAGCUGACCUGUGGGACCUGACUGGCUCCAGUGUGGAUGUCUUGCUAAACUUUAGGACGGAGGAGUUUCUGCACUUAUCUCUGAGCUGCAGGAUGUCAGACACUCCCUAAACUCCAGACUAAAAGAAAAAACCAUACAUGUACUGUGUUUGGAGAAAAUGGGACGUUGGUAAAGAACUGAAGGACUGUGAGGUUUAUGACAGAAAAAAGACCUGCAACUGAAUCCUGAAAAAUUCCCAAGCUUAGAUAAGGAACCACGAGAAGAAUCAGAAGCCGGAUUUAUUUUAGAAACUCUGAGAGAUACGAGAUGGAUAAGAAGGAGGAACCCAUGAGUUAUUCAGAAGCUAUAAGCAAGGCUGCCAGUGCAAUCUAUCGUUUUCCUUUAAUAGAGGUGCAGGGCGUCCCCCUCAUGAACUGGAUCACCAACAGCUGGAGCCUGAUUUCAGCCUUCCAACCAGAUCCAUCCGAUUUACUCAUCGCUACCUACCCCAAAGCAGGAACUACCUGGACUCAGGAGAUUGUGGAUCUGCUGCUGCAUGAUGGAGAUGCCGAGGUUUGUAAGCGAGCACCUACUGCUGUACGCAUCCCGUUCCUGGAGAUCCAAUCUCCUCCACCAAUUCCUUCAGGUCUGGACUUACUCAAAACAAUGAAACCUCCAAGAGUCAUCAAGACACACCUGCCCAUACAGCUAGUGCCUAAAGGAUUCUGGGAAAAUAAAUGCAAGGUGAUUUAUGUGGCUCGGAACGCAAAGGACAACCUGGUCAGCUAUUACUACUUUGAUCGAAUGAAUCAGACUCAGCCUGAACCAGGUCCAUGGGACCAAUACAUCCACAAGUUCAUGAGGGGAAAAUUGCCAUGGGGCUCCUGGUACGACCAUGUGAAAGGAUACUGGAGGGAAAAAGAAAACAGGAACAUCCUCUACCUGUUCUUUGAGGACAUAAAAGAGAACCCUCGUCGAGAGAUAUUAAGGAUCAUGCACUACCUGGACUUGUCACUACCUGAUGACAUAAUUAACAAGAUUGUGCAGUUGACAUCUUUUGAAGUGAUGAAGGACAAUCCAAUGGUCAACUACACCUUCAUUCCAAAUACAGUGUUUGACAGUUCCAUCUCUCCCUUCAUGAGAAAAGGCGAGGUUGGAGACUGGAUUAUUCAUUUCACCCCGGCUCAAUCCAAAAUGUUUGAUGAGGACUACACAAGACAAAUGGCGGAUGUGGACAUUCCCUUCCGUACUAGCAUAUAAUUCAGGGACAGAUGAUGAGCGGUUAGCAUCAACAAUGUACGCUGGAUAUACAAUCACAGACGUGAUGUUAUUUGUGAUAUCACAUGACAUCACAUGCUUUAUUUCACCAAAUCAAUAACAGGAAAAAGCAAAGAAACCAAAACAACUAAAAUAUCUAUUAAAGAGAUGUAGUUCCAAAAGUUGCUUUUGCUGUUUAACAAAACAACAUAAACAAAUACAGUGUUAAUUGUUCCUUCAUUUUUCUAAUUACUUAAUUUGCUGCAAUUUCCUUUCGGGGAUCAAUGAAGUUAUCAAUCAAUCAAUUAAUAGAGUAAUGUCAUAUAAGUACAGUAUAAGGGUCUUAAAUAAUAUGUGUAGCCUAAAAUAAAAAAGGAAAUGCAGUGCAUCUUAAACAUCUUAAUCCUCUCAAGGUUUCUUCCUGUAAUUUUAAGGGAGUUUUUCCUUGCCACUGUCGCCCUCGGCUUGCUCAACAAGGUUUUGGUCUGUUGGUCCUAGAUUCUGUAAAGUUGCUUUGAGACAAUGUCUAUUGUAAAAGCGCUAUACAAAUAAAGUUGACUUGACUUGAAACAGCAAGUUUCAGAAAUAUGAAAUCCUGUCUGAUUAUUUUGAUGAAAUAAAAUCUGGACACCCCUGUU